AUGGCCAAGAAAGUGUGGAGUUUGGUGAGGGUUAUGUUCUUCAUGUUGAAGAAGGGAAUUGCCAAAAGAAAAUUCCUUCUUGAUCUCAACAUGAUGAUGAAGCGUGGCAAGAUUGCAGGCAAGGCCUUACAUAACCUUAUGUUUCAUCACCACCACAAUUGGGCGGCUUCCGCCUUUGACCACCGCCACCCGCAACACCUCUCCUUCACUGCUCCACCACCAGGCGAAUACGAAUUCAGCUGCAGCAACACCCCACCUUACCCRCUCUCUCUCUUUUCCACCCACAAGAAACGCCAAAACAAGUCUCACCGCCUUGCGACUACUAACCCUCCGUUGGCCGUGGUGGACUAUUGUGAUGAUGUAAUUACCAAUUCUGAACUUUUGAAGGCCCUUGAUAUCAUGAUCACAAGCUCCAUGGCGUCACCACCUCUAGCCGCCGGGUCUAGGACCACGCCGAUGGUUGAGCCAUUGGGGAUAAAAGACUCACCCUUGGCUUUAAUUCAUGGUGAAGAAGAUGGUCAGGUGGACGAGGCUGCUGAGAGGUUCAUAAGGAGGUUCUUCAAUGAUCGAAUACGUGAAAAUUGA